AAAAAUGGCCGUGGCCACAAGUAACCAUGAGUAACCGAGAGUGAUUUGUAUACUACAAUCGAUAUAUUCUUAUAAUCAUCGCGGUAAAUGCGUCAAUGGCCUAACUUAUUUAUAGUAUCCAAUUCUUUUUAUUAGUCUGCCAAGUAUUUUGACGUAAGAGUCUCGUGAAUACCAAUUCAUACUUUUAUACUACCGUCUUAUAACAUUUGUUAGGACGAACACCGAUUCAGUUAUUUAUUACAUGUUCGAAAUGCACCUUCUCGUAUAAUCGACUCUGUAAUAGUUACAGUAUCAACUUGAUUGGAAACCGGUCAGUGAAAGGGAACAUUUAGGGAUAAAGAAGAAUAGUAACACAAGAUCAGAUUCUUCAAUACCAUCAACAGCUUAUCAAGAUAUACCCGAAUUUGCAUCGUAUACUUGUGGAUGACCAUACAAUCACACAGCAGAAGAAAUCACAUAUAGGCGAAAAAUGGUUCCACCCACAGAUUCUCAAACUCAAUCACCUCCAAGAUUUCAAGGAACAAAACCUUCUAAUGUUGAUAAAAUGCCUGACCAAAGUCAAGUAGAAUCUCGUUUAAAUGAGAUUAGAGAGUGUAUCAGAGUUACAACAUCACUGAUGGAUUCACUUAAUCAAUCUAGCGAUUCGCGUGCACAAGCUCAAACUGAAAAGUUGGGUACAUUGCUGGAGGGUCUUCAUGACAGUGAAAGGAAAUUGUCCAGACUAUUGGAGCAAUAUCAAAAUCAUGGAAUAUUCUGCGAGAAUGGUGAAAAUGACGACGAGAAUGGUGAAUCAAGUAGGGAAGUAAAACUACGCAAGAUGGAAGAAUUACAGCGAAAACUUGCACACUUAUUAAAACAUCAGGCUAGUGUAAUUGGAAUGCAAUUACGUGUGUCGGAAACAUUAAGCGAAGCCCGUCAAGCUCGACAAGCGCUUGUACAACAAGUAAAUCAAAAUUCAAUUGGUUUAAGUCAAUCAUUGCCCGUGAAUGUUGAACAACUUGAAUCUGAAACUGCAAAACUGGCUCAACUUCAAACAAAAAAGAGACAUAUGGAUCACCUCGUAGCCGCAUUCCAAGCUGUAGAGAUGUCUGUUAGGGGUAGUUGUAGUUCUGAAGGUUUAAGAAAUGCUGGAAGAGAUAAAGUUGCUGAGUUAGAAGCUAUGAAAGCACAACUUGCUCAUUUGAAAGCAUUAAUGAAAGAGAUAACAACAGCUCGUGAUUGUCUCGAUUCUAAUUCUGACGCUGAACCCGAAGUAGAUAUGAAUGGGGAAACUGCAGCUACUAUGGACACUAACGAAGAAGAAAAUGGGACGAAUAUUUCGUUCGAACGACAAAGUGAUAUUGACGAGAUAAAUAAUGAAAAAAUUAGAAACAUUGGAGAUAGACUAACAGUUGAAGACAUUGAGGCCGUUAUACAAGAACUUCGAGAACAAUCUGCUUUGUUACAAACAACUAGGGCAGAAAUACAACGAUUGAAACGGCCAGUAGCAGCUGCAUCAACAAUUCAUUCGAAUUCCACAUCCGUCUUUCCGACAUCAACCCCUCCCCCAUCAAUUACAUCAACCUCUUCUGAUAAAAAACAAGAUAAUAACAGCAAUUCCGAGAUCCAACCAAAUCAAGGAAAAAGACGUCAAAUUGAAGAUCUUAUGCGGAAGGAUUCAUCUCAAUCAUCUAGCAUCAAUCGCGACAUGGGAGGACCAACCGAUUUAAGUAGUCACCGAAGUUCCAGUUCACAUAUCAGUCAUACAAGUACUCCCGCUAACGUUUGGCCCCCUUCAGCAGCAACAGGAGGGUCUAAUGAUCAAAGUGUAGAUGGCAUAUCCACAGAAAAUUUAAUGGAUAUAGGUCCUCAAACGGCAGUAAUUGAAAAUGGAUUCAAUGGGAAUUGGUGGAUACCACCCCCAUUAAAUCAGUCACAAAUUGCUUCGUCAGAUUAUUAUCAGCGAUUAUUGUUAGGGUCUCAAUCUCAACAACUUCAAAUGAUGGGAACAACAUUACAACAAUGUUGCCAAUUGUUGUGGUCACAGCAACGUGAAUUGCAAGCUAUGCGUGUAGCUGUUACACAGUUACAAGUGCAACUGAGACAAAACCAAUCGCAACAGCGAAGUAACAACAGCGAGAAUAAUGAUGAAUAUUCUAACUUAAGCCGUAAUGUUCAUCAUCUCGGCGAAACAUUAGAUUCUACAUUGCCACCAAGUUCAUCACUACCGAAUUUGGUGUCAUUACCAAAUUCUUCUCCCGCGUUAUCUCACAAUGCUGGUGCAACUUCUGCAAAUUCCCAACAACAACAACAGCAACUGAAUAAUCAAGUACCACCGGGGAACAGAGCAAACAACUAUUGGGAUAAUUUCAGAAGUUACUCCAGACAAAAUCUACUAUCAGGAAGUGUAAAAACUAUGACGGAUGCAACUUCAGGACCCAUUGGAAAUUCAACAUCGUCUGGAAAUGCUAUAGCAAGUGUUAAUAGCUCUCUUAUAAAGGACAAACGUAAUCGGGAACAAGGAGGUGAUAAUAUACCUUUGCCUUCGUUAAACGGAGCAGAAGCACAGUACUCUUUGAAUUUGCAAUUACAAUCGAACUUACAACAGCAGGAAAGAGAGAAUGCUGUUACGCGUAGUAAUAUUCUAACAAAUGAAGUAUCCCAACCGCAAGUUGAUAACCUUUGGGAAGAAGCACAUUCAUCGUUUCGUCUCCCAUCUAUAAUAAAUGAUGAACACCCAUUUCAAACUUUAAGCUCUGAAAUGAAAGAAGUUUUAAGUUCACUUGUUAUAGUGAAUAAGAAACAACCAGAUUAUUUAAUUACUGUAUUAAGGGAAAUCAAGACCAUAAGCGAAGAUCAUAGAUUACGACCUCGUUUAUUGAGAUUACUGCGUGCUUUACAAGAUAUGCAACCUCCAAGCAAUCCAUUGAAUGAAACGAUCGAUCAAACGGCUAGUGAAAGUUGUCAGUCUAGCGAUGAAGAUUCUGAAAUAGACGCAGUAUUAGGCGCGAGUACAGAAAAUCAGUCAUCUGUAGCAGAAUUAAUUGUAUCAUCUCAAGCAGGAAGUUCAUCAUCUCCUACUAUACAUCUACCAUGGAUAGAUCAUUGGGAUAUACCAGGUCUGAGACCUGCUAUUAAACCAGGCUGCAAUGAAGAUCUGGCAGAAGCUGAUCAAUCAAGACCUGAAUCAUCUGGUAAUCAACAGCCUUCUAAUAACGAAGAAGAAAAUGACCAAGGUCAAGAGGAGGCUGCUGGACCAGUAGCACCUACUCAAGUAGCAUUUGGUGAAAUAGAUGUAGAUUAGUUUAAUACAUAUUAAAUACUGAUGCAUUGUUUGAUAAAAGAAUUUCAAGGUCUGAUUGCAAAAGCUGAAGAAAGAGGAACGAAAAUCAGUGCAAUGAUAUUCUGAUGGAUUGUUUGAUAAAAUAUUUCAAUUUAGUACUCAUUGAACCAAUGUAUCAUACAGGUUUUCAUACCUUUUCUGUGAAUUUCAAAGCUUCACAUUCAUAUUUACAUUGGUCGGAAUCCAACCUUUAUUCCCUUAGUACGUUCGUCGUCCGUAUUUGACGCGGCGAUGAACGUGUUAAGUAUUGUACUUUUAUUGUUUGAAGUAAUUUUUAAAGCAUUAAUAAUUUAAUUUUAAAGAA